CUCAGUUUGCGGCUGUGUCGCUCGUGACGUUUUUUCUCAAUUUUCUCUGAUUUUCCAACAAUUUAGAGUAUAAUUAGUGAAUGAAACUGCAAGAGAUCCAAAAAUGAGCCGUCGAGUAGACGUUAAAGCCUUGGUAUCUCAUAUAGUGCGAGGAGAUGGGUCUGAUAGAUGUAGAAUAUGUAUGGGAGAUACUUCGGAAGGUCAGGUCUAUCUCGGGGACACAGUUAUGAUGGACGGGGACCGCGCUGUGACGCUUUCUGAACUGUUAGAAACUAUCACAGGAGUCGAGGUACCGCUGCAAGGAGACCUGCCCUCUGGACUCUGCCAUGCUUGCUUUAAAUCGGCACAGGCUGCAGCCGACUUCCGGAGUCACUGCCAACAUGCCAUGGAUCAGUGGCACACAACCGUACAGCUUCUGGAAAGCCUCCCUGAUAUUGAAGCCAUCGGACUCAAGAAGUCCAUCCAUGUAAUCCUACAAGACGAUCAGAUGGUCAUCUUGAACACCGUCGAAGAGGAAAUUAAAAGUGAAAAAGUGACAGAUGUAAAGAAAUCAGAUCAAGAAACUGAUAUAAAACCUAGAAACUCUAGAAACACUAAAAGUGUUAAAAAAGUUUGCCAGUGCUCAGAAUGUGGGAAGAGUUUUACACAACCUAAAGAGUUGUAUAAGCACCUUAAAGAGUCCACAGAUUAUAAAAGGGCGUGCUACAUUUGCGCUGCCAUCAUGCCUAGGGAUGACCUAGUUACACAUUUAAUCAAAGGACACAAGAGAGAUUCUUAUGACUGUAAAAAGUGUCCAGCACUUCUGAUGUCUCGUAAGCAGUUUGAAUGGCACAUGACGAAGGCACAUAGCUCUGGUAGCUACUCCUGUGGAGACUGUGGGCGCAGCUUCCAGACUCUCCACGCCUUCAACGGCCACACCACAAUGCACGCAGCCAAAAACUGCCCGGGAUGUGACAGACUGUUCCGGAACAGGAAAUGUUACAUAACUCAUGUCAAACACUGUUGUAACUUAGACAGAAACAGAGAAGAUGCGUACCGCACGAAACAUAAAGUGUUACUCGAAGUGAAAAACGUGAAUGAUAAUAAAAAAACUAGAGUUGGAGUGAGGGGAAGCGUAGAUAAAGAAUGCAUAUGUGAUUACUGUGGAAAGAAAUUUGCUGGAAAGAAGUUUGUAUCGAUUCAUAUACAAACAGUUCACAUGAAAAACACUCAUAGGCCGUGUCAUUACUGCGGCAAGUCCUACGCAGCAGUACAUAUGACCGAACACAUUAAAAAGCACGAGGAGGUGUUAUCAUUUACUUGUGAACACUGCGGUGUGGUGUUAAAAACCAGAUUAGGUUACAUCCAGCACAUACGCUUGCACACUGGGGAGAAACCGUACAAAUGCAAAUACUGUCCAGAGACAUUUUCAGCAUCUUCCAGACGUUCUGAACAUGUCAGAAAAACGCACAAAUCGCCGGAUCAAAUAGUUUUGAAGCAUGUUUGUGAGUUUUGUCCAGCACGGUUCAGGCUACCGUUCCAAUUGAAGCAACAUGUAUGUACAGUCCACAGCGAUGUUCGUCGUGACAGGGCGGAUUAUGAGUGCAGUUUUUGUCAUGUUAAGUUUAGCAGUUGUCGAGGUUUACUGUACCAUAGCAGAAGACAUCAAACGUUCAAUUUAAAGUCGCUUAAGAAGAGCGAUUUGGACGAUAAAGUUACCGAUAGGCGGAGAGAGAAGUGGGUGACGCCUCUCUCCUACCAGAGGCAACAUAUGGCGGACGAUUCCGAACUGCCCCCCGGCGUCUGCAGCACCUGCUCAGAAGAAGCGCUCCAAUGCCGACGCUUCCGACGCCUCUGCGAAGAAUCCCUGGACACCUGGCACCAAUCCGUUGACUCUCUCAGCGUCAUAGACUACCCAACAGACGAUGACAAAACCUAUUACAUAUUCUACGAUAAUGGAGUCGAAACCCUCGUCAGAGAUCAGAUAUCCAACGCCACCAACAAGGCGGAAGCUCUGGAAAGAUUGACAACCAAAGUUGAAACUAAGAUUCCUAAAAAGAAAACUGAAAGAGUCGUUAAAAAAUGCCAGUGUUGUGACUGCGGGAAGACCUUCACGAUGCCAUACUUUCUGAACCAACAUCUGAAGGCGUCCAGCAAGCGGGCCUGUACGCAAUGCGGGGAUGUAAUGUCGAAAAAUGGGCUGGCGAAACAUUUGCGCAAAGCGCACAAUAUGCUAGUUCUUGCUUGCAGCGUUUGCGCAAAGAUUUUCAACACUGCGACCGCGUUAGACCACCAUUUCAAACUAGAGCACGGUGAGGGCAGCCACAUGUGCAAGACUUGUGGCGUCAGCUUCUCGAGUCCCAGAGCUUUGCGCGCUCACAUGUACUCUCAUAAUCUGUUCCACUGCUCACCGUGCAAUGUUAGUUUUGAGAACCGGAAAUGCCACAGACACCACCAAAAAGUUUGCAAGAAAGGCCGUGAACCGGCGGCAGAGUUCAACAUAUACAUCUGCGACGAUUGCGGGGCGAAAUACGACAAGAAACCGUCUUUAAAAAUGCAUAUAAUACAAAAACACUUGCAUGUUUUGCCGUUUUCCUGUAAGACUUGUGGGAAGAAGACAUCGACAUUGGCUCAUUUGCGAUCGCACGAAACGAUUCAUAGCGCUGAGAGAAAACUAUUUAUGUGCCAGUGCGGGGCAGAGAUGCGAACGUACUUAGGGUUUCAACUACACCAGAGAAUCCAUAGCGGCGAGAAACCCUAUCAAUGCGACGAAUGUGGCGACAGGUUCCUAUCAGCUUCGAGACGUUUGGAUCACAUCAAAAGGCGCCACAGGAGCGCUAAGGACAUGCCUCACGGUUGUGAGAAGUGCGGGGCAAGGUUUAUGCAAGAAGACUCUGCUUAUCCUCCUGGUGCAUGCGUGGCCUGCACCAGUGCAGUGGUCGCCGCUCAGGAGUUCCGCACGCUCGUCAGAACCUCGCACGCUAUUUGGCACCAAGCCAUCGAGAAAUUAGAAGAGCUGCCAAAUGACGUCACAGGCCCUGCUCCUGUCAAAUCCAUCUUCGCUUUCAUCAAAAAAGACAAUAUGUCAAUCCACGUUGUCAAAGACUACGCCGGGGGCGACCCUAAAACUGCCCUCGACAAACUCACCGGGAAAGUUCAAGAGAAGAAGAAAAAUGAGAAGAAAACCCGAAUAGCCAGGACAGGCCCUUUGUGCGACUGCACGGACUGCGGGCAACACUUCUUAAGCCCUUACUAUCUUAACUUACACCUGAAGAACAGCGGUCAGAAAGACGCUUGCCUCAUCUGUGGAACCAUAGUCUUAAGAGGACAAGAGAUGAAGGAGCAUCUCACCUUAGUCCACAGACAAACAGUCCAUAUUUGCCGUCACUGCCCUUCGCUAUUCGAAAAAGAAUCGGAAAUGAAGAAACACAUCAAAACUGCUCAUAAACCGGGCGCUUUGACUUGCGGCGACUGCGGGCGGACGUUCCCAAGAAGUGGGGCGUUCGAAGCUCAUUCUCAAAUGCACGCGGUGCGAACGUGUCGUACUUGCGGUAAACAGUUCACAAAUAGGGGUUGUUACAGGAAGCACAGGUCGAAAUGCGAGCCUACAGCCAAACCGGACGCGCACGGCAUACCUAAAAGCAAACGUUCCAACAUACGCGACCCGGCCACCUUCAUCUGCGAUUAUUGCUCGAAAUCUUACCACUCCCGCCCUCAGUUAAAGAACCAUAUAAUCUGGAUCCAUAUGAAUAUAAGACCGCACCAAUGUCAGUGGUGCGGGAAAAGGUUUUAUACACCAGCGCGUUUGGCUGAACACUCGGUGGUACAUACUAGGGAACGCAACUUCGGAUGCGAUAUUUGUGGCGCGAAAUUAGUUUCCAAAAUGGCCGUCGUCUAUCAUAGGCGGCGGCAUACGGGGGAAAAGCCGUACAAAUGCGAGGAUUGUGGCGAGUGCUUUAUUUCGGCUUCGAGGAGGACUGAGCACGCGAAAAGACGGCAUUUCAAAGGUCUAAGGUUACAAUGCACGUUUUGUGUAGCCACGUUCGUAAGAAGCCAUGAGCUGAGAAAGCACGUAGAAAAGGCGCAUAAGGGUAAAGAGGACUUCGAUACGUUGAAAUUGCAAACUAUAACAGGAAUUUAAUAUUACAUAACAUAUACAUAAACGGCAUAUACACGUCCCACUGCUAGGCACAGGCCGACCCUCAAUCAACCGGAGGGGGUAUGGAACAUAUUCCACCACGCUGCUCAACUGCGGGUUGGCGGAGGUGUUUGGGCCGGUAGCCCGGGACACCAUAGCGUGUCUUCCGAAGCACGGAAUCAUCUUACUUUUUCGGACAAUCAGGUGAUUCAAGUCUGCAAUGUCCUUACCAAACAAAGGACAGUCUCACAAAGUGAUUUCGACAAUGUCCCCAUCGGAAAUCGAA